AUGCGUCCGGAAAUUGAUGAUAAUAAUAUUCAACCUAUAUUUAAUGAUAUACGAAUUAACCUUCGAACAAAUGGUUUGAAUAAUAAUCGAUCUGCAACUGAAAAUGAUCAACGAUCACAAAGUUCAGUACCAAGUCGAGUAACAAGAUAUUCCGAAUAUCCUCAAGUUCGACCGACAAAUCCUUUAUAUUCAAGUCAAUCAACAGUCAAAACACCAACAUUAAAUUCAAGAAGUACAGCAACAUUAGUUGAUCGUCGUCAAAAAUUUGAUCCUCAAGCACCACGUCGUCCAUCUGAUUGGCGAUGGUUAGCUAUAUUAUGUAUUAUUCUCUUCUUUCCACUUGGUUUAUUUGCUUUUGCAUUUGCAUAUAAAGCACAAGAUAGAUUUCGUCAUGGAUUUAUAACAGAGGCAAAUAAAUUUAAUAAACGCGCUUUAAUUCUUUGUAUUUUAUCAAUUUUAUCUGGUGUUGCAUUAAUUAUUGGUCUUCUAUUUGGUUUCGAUGCUUGGCCAAGAACAAAUGGAUAG